GCCGUCUGAGGUCAGUUCAGUGUUAACAGCUCAGCAGCCCGCGUCGUAAGAGCCCCCUUGUCCUUGGUGAAAGGGUGAAACGCAGAAUGAGGGGGACAACAAAAGCGAGACACGACGGACUGUGCUUUUAAGAGACUCGGCAAGACUAUAUAACACGUUUUGUUUUUUUUUCAUUCAUUGUGUGCUGCUCAACUUGAAAAGGCAGUCACAGGCGGGCAGAGAGAGCGAGAGAGAGAGAGAGUAAGAGAGAGAGAGAGAGAGAGAUUGGGGGACCGGCUACUCACUUAUACGAAUAUAUCCCGCUUCAUUCAGCCUCUGUUUGGGCACGCGAGGUGACUCGGAGAAAAGUCAGGAAAGGAAUUAUUGUUGGAGUUCACUUCGCGGCACCGUAGGGCUGUUCUGUCUCACUUUGGUUUUUGUUUUGUAGAAUUUGUUUCACGUUUUUGUACACAUUUACACCGCGCGCUAUUUUAAGUGACUGUUAUUCUAAUGUGUCCGCGCGUUUAUUAAUUUAAUAGUUGUUGAUUAACGGGAUGCUCAUCCCUGCAGUGAGCUCCAGGUCGGGACUUUGAUGAGCGCUCUCCUAGCUUCUGCACUUAAUCAAAUACAACCCAUCUGUUUUUUUCCACUGGAGUACGCUUUUUUUGCGAAAUCUUUUUGGGCAGCUGGUCUGCCAUUGACGCCGCGGAAAUGGAAGCGUGUCGGGGGGACGGCGUGACCGCGCUCUGCCGAAAAAGUUUCCGCUGGAUUGUGCUGGUUCUGUGGCUUACCUCCGGGGCUAGCGGGACCUGGGGAACCGGACUCUAUAAGUACCAAACCGGAACGCAACUACACAAAGAGCCAUCCGGAGGGUCAGGAGCUCUCUAUCAAAGAAGGAACUGGUGUCCUCACUCGGUGACGAAGACGGUGACGUGCCAGGUGCAGAACGGGACGGUGCUGCAGCGGGUUUACCAAAACUGCCGCUGGCCCCAGGGCUGCUCUGGAGGCAGCUACCGCACGGUGGUCCGGCCGUCGUAUAAGGUGGCGUACCGGACCAUCACCGCCCUGGAGUGGAAGUGUUGCCCUGGUUACCGCGGGCCCCACUGCGAUGAAGACACGAGCGGCCAUCUUGUGGCCCAGGAGGCAGUGAGGAAGCAGGCCACCCUGCGUCGCCCGGCAACCCGCCCGGCGGAACAGCUCUCCGCCUGUCUGAACUGCAGCCGGAUCGCCGAGCUGACAAACAGGCUGAGCUCGCUCGAGGGGAAGGUCCAGCUCCUCGCCGCUCCUGCCUCCACGUCUCAUCGCCACCUGCAGGGCGACGGUGGAACUGCGGGCCGGUUGUUGGGAGCGGUGCCCGCCAAGGGUGCACCCGGAGCCCAGGGCCCUAUGGGUCCUCAGGGUGAAAGGGGGAGGGACGGCAGCCCCGGGCAGAAGGUGAGUUUGUGGGUGGGAAAGUCAGGGUCCAGGGGCCUUCCGGGACCCAGCGGCCCCAGGGGGGACCCCGGGUCGAGAGGCCCCUCUGGGGCCCCCGGACAAAGAGGGACCCCCGGCCCGGCAGGCCCCCUGGGUCCACGCGGGCUUCCCGGGGAGAGAGGACGACCAGGCCCCCCCGGCCCCCCCGGGCCCCCGGGACCCCCGGCCCCCGCCGGCGCCCGUAUCCCAGACCUGGGAGCGUCUCCGGACCGAGGCCAGACUGGAGACCCCUUCCUCUCCAACACCUUCCUCGACUCGCAGGGGGUCCCUGUGCAAGGGCCAGCGGGGCCCCCCGGACCCCCUGGUCCCGUAGGGCCACCGGGUCCUGUGGGGCCGACGGGACCUGCAGGUCCGCCAGGACUGAACGGCAAGCCCGGGGUCCCCGGGGUUCGGGGUCCCGCGGGCCCCAAGGGGGAGCGAGGGGAGAGGGGUCCUCUGGGGUAUCCGGGGGAACGCGGGUUCCAAGGAGAGUCGGGUGCACCGGGACCGAAGGGCGAGCCGGGGGAGAAAGGACUGCCGGGGGACGGGAUACACCAAAUCCGAGAGGCGCUGAAGAUCUUAGCCGAGAGGGUUUUAAUCCUCGAGACUAUGAUCGGUAUCCAUGAGACGGAGCCCGACGGCUCGGGGGACGGGCCGUACGGCACCACGUCGCCCGGGUACUACCGGGACAAGCGGGCGGGCGUGCCCCCACCCCGGGCGACCCUCCCGCUCGGCCGCGACGCCAAGGAGCUGGGCAAGUAGCCCAAAAUCCAACCAGAGCUCCGAGAGAAACGUCCGAAGUGGGGGUGGGGUGGGGGGGGGGGGCAACAGAAGCAGACACUCCCCCCACCUCCCCACCCCCACCCCACAGACUCUGACAUCCACCCACUGAUCCAGACACCGGUAAUUAAGCCCCGCCCCACGGCGACAGGAACCUAGCGGGGGCUGCCCUACCUCCAAAACAAGAGGGGUCACCUCAGGGAAGACACACAGGUGCUCUGGAGACUGCUCACCCCCCCCCCCUCCCCCUUUAGCCCCAGCCCCUGCCCCCCCUCCCCCCACAUUCCCUUAAAACCGUCCCCCCUCUGGCCCUCCUCCGCCAUCAUAAUGGGGGCUGUUGUCUUUUGUGUAACCGUCCCGAAAAACUCCCAGAGCAACAACAAGAGGAGUUUUUAAAUGGCUGAGGAAAAAAAAAAACAGAACAUGGGAAUAAAGGAAAAGAAAAUGACUGCUAAAAUAAUGGUGCUUUUAAACUGUAAACAAUCCAAGGACAAUAAAGGGGACACAAGACUCAAUUAAAAAGAAAAAAAGAAAAUACUACAAGUAAAGAUUGAAAUGUGCUUGGAGUGGCCAUGUUGGGUCUCAACAGUGUCCGGGAAUCUCAGAGUUUAUUGUCUAUUUAAAUGAAUUGAAUAAGGAGAGUCCGCAGGAAAUAACACUAGACCUCCUUACUGUUUUAUACUUUUGUUUAAUUUUUAAUACUUCCCUACCCCCCUCUCCACCCCCACCCCUGCUUUAGACUGCAAUGGAAGGGACAUCUUCCCAGUGGGAGGAGGGAUGGAGUGCUUUCUCACGUGAAGCUCACGUGCGUUACCGUUAGCCCGCGUCCUGCCCCCCCCCGCAUGCUAGCCUGGUUAGCUUCACCCUCUGCACCGGGGCAAAGGGGGCUGAAAUGAUUUUGGGUGCUUCCGUUCUCUCUUCCUCUGUCCCGUUUGCGCAGGAGUCGUUUUUUUUUGGGGUUUUUUUGCACAGCACUCCGCACAGGCUGUUUACACCUGCAGCUGCUCCACACUGAAGGCCUCAACAGCGCCCCCUGCUGCACGACCGGGGGUUGAACUGGGAGAGGCAUGCACGCACAUACUCCCAUACAAACACACACACACACACCCGUACAGACGAAACACACACUCACACCCGUACAGACAAAACACACACACACACACACCCGUACAGACAAAACACACACACACCCGUACAGACAAAACACACACACACACACUCGUACAGACAAAACACACACACACACACACCCGUACAGACAAAACAAAAACAUACUGUACACACACACAUCCUUACAAACAAAAUAAACACAUACACUGUACAUGCACACAAACACACCCUUACAGGCAAAACAAGCACAUACACUGUACAUACACACACACAAACACCCUUCAGACAAAACACACACAUGCUGUAAAUACAAACACACACCCUUACAAACACACACACACACAAACACAUACACUCUUACAAACAUGCACACAUACACUCUCUCUCACACACACACACACACACAGUCUCCCCGAGAAUAAAACCAAACUGCGGUGGGAUUUCAGCAGAACGCCUAGCUCCAUCAGGGACGUCCUGCAGUACUGCAGUCGCAAACAAACCAGCGUCAGCGAGGAGUAAAAACUCUACAUGCAACUUGAACUCUUUUCCUUCGGUGUAACUUUGUACCACUAUUACAGUUAUAUAUAUUAUAGAUACAAAUACUCUCCAGAAGUAAAACCUUUUUCAAUUGUCCUUUCUCUUAUUACAAAAAAAUUGUAUUAUGUGAAUUAUUUAAGAUAAUCAUUAGCAGCCGUUUUUUGCUUGUCGUAAAAGCGAUUUACGUAAUGUCUCAUGUAUUCAUGUUUUACUUCUGUUUGCAAGCGUCUGUUGUCGUGCUUUGCGAAUCUUCCAGAUCGUUGGUAAAUAAAGAACUGUUUUCCCUUU